AUAGUUUUAAAUGAGAGACAAAAUGAUUAUUAAUUAAUUAACGAAGGAAAAAAGGUAAAAAAAAAAAAUAAUAACGACCAAUAGUCGAAUACUAAAGAAACCUAAAAAUUUGCACUUUUUUGUAUUUAUAUUAAUGCAUUAUUCGUGUAGAUAGCAUUCCGGUAUUCCAUCAAUCCUGAAGAUGGAUAAACCAACCUCAAAGCGGCAGAAAACAGAAGAAAAUGCUAUCGGCAUGGACAGGAUCAAGCGGCAGAAAACAGAAGAAAACCCUGACGGCAGAAAACAGAAGAAAACAGGAUCAAGCGGCAGAAAACAGAAGAAAAUACUGUCGGCAGGGACAGGAUCAAGCGGUAGAAAACAGAAGAAAAUGCUGUCGGCAGGGAUAGGAUCAAGCGGCAGAAAACAGAAGAAAACAGGAUCAAGGGGCAGAAAACAGAAGAAAAUGCUGUCGGUAGGGACACGAUCAAGCGGCAGAAAACAGAAGAAAACCCUGACGGCAGGGACAGGAUCAGUGAUAUGCCUGAUGCAGUCUUGUGCCACAUCCUAUCAUUCCUUCCAACUAAAGACUGCGUGACUACGAGCACUUUGUCUCGUAGGUGGCGCCAUAUCUGGAAGGAUCUUCAAGUCCUUGACUUUUGCCAAAACUCUUGCCAGGGAUUCGAGCAUUUAGCUGUUUUAGUAAAUAGGGUUCUAGCUCUGCGAAAGGGUUAUGAUAUUCGAGGGUUUCGACUCUCGUGUCUUUACUCUGACAGAGACUCCAGCUCAGUGGCUAAGUGGGUCCAAAUCGCCAUUGGGCCUAACCUGGAGGAACUGCGGCUUGAACUGCAUUCCAACGCUGGAUUUCGUUCAAUGCCUCACACCCUCUUCACUUGCAGCAAGCUCGUGUCACUGUCUUUGUCCUACGGAAUCCACAUAGAAAAGCCUGCAGCAGUUUGUUUGCCAUCCCUAAAGAUGCUUAAUCUAUGUCAUAUAAAUGUGGAUUUUUAUGAAACCCUCCUCUCUGGGUGCCCUGCCCUCGAAACCCUGACUUUGUCUAUUUGUGCCAAAUGCUUGACCAAAGUCCACGUCCCUCCUUCCUUGAAGAGGUUGGAGUUCCAAGUUUUUUCUUCUCAAUGGGAAUCUUACCUGGAUAUAGAUGUGCCAGGUCUUGAGUACCUUUCAAUCGUCCAUGCGACUAGCUCCUUUCAUUGUAAGUUUACCAAUUUACAGCAUGUGGUGGAUGCAUUUCUUGAUGUGGGAGGAGUGGAGAAAGCAUCUGUCAACACUUUUCACAAGCUUAUCCGAGCUCUGUGUGGAACAAAAUCUCUAAAAUUGGGUUAUUUCUCAACAAAGAUGCUACUUUGUCCCUAUUUUAGAUUUUCCGAAUUUUCGCCAUUUACUUCGUCUGGAGAUCAUUUUUCCAUGUUUCAACUCAAGUUUUCUGAGAAAUGUCACGUACUUCAAGUUCUUACAAUUAGUAACUGGGAGGAGCAGAAACCAUUACAUUUACAAAGUUGGGCGCAGCCAACAAGGGUUCCUAAUUGUCUUCGAUCACACCUGACCUCUUUUGAGUUUGACGGCUAUCGAGGACUUGAAGAUGAGCUGGAAUUUGCCAAAUAUAUUUUACGAUAUGGAUUUGUUUUGAAGGCAAUGAACAUCAGUUCCCACAGAUCGUUGGACUUAAGCGAAAAGAGGGAUAUUCACAGACACUCAUUAUAUGAUAUACGACCGGGCUCUAGCGUGUGCCGAUUUUAUUUUUUUUGAGCUGAAUCUCAUUAAGUGCUUCUCACUUUUAUUGGAAAGGUUUGGAGACCGUGGUCCUUAGUGCGCCUUGUGUUGCCAUGUUUUGCCAGAUGCUUUCGGCUUCACUAAAGUAUUUUAUAGACAUUUAACCAGGACAUGGUACACAAAGUUCAAAAUUAUAGCCAACAUUGUUUGCUGGCCUAGUGAAAUAGUUCUUCCCCUCUUGGUUUUAAAUUUAUUGACUUUUUUGUGCAGAAUGGGGAUGGAAGUGCCGUCUUUUGGCCUUCUGUUCCCACCACUUAAAUAUAUGCCAGGAAGAAAUAUCAACCUGGUUACUUAGUGUUAUUUCAACAUAAUUAUUGAUUGAGGUUGCUUUUCCUGGAGAGAGAUAGACGUACUAUGUGCUUCUUUUGUAUUGAGUUCGCUAACUCCUUUUUCUUAUUAAAAUGAAAAACUCAAGGGUGGGUUAAUUAAAAAUGUAGAUUGAUAUAUAACAAUGAUAAUAAUCUUGAAUGAAUUAAAUUAUAUAAGUAGCUCGUUUUUUUUAAACGAGUUUUACUGAUAUUUUGAUAAGGAUGACAGUUGCACCGGACACCUGGAUCCCAAUUCCCAGCACAAAUAGUUAUGCGUGAAGACUUAUAAUUAGCAGUUGGGAUGGUGGUAGUUGCAAGGGGCUGAUUCCAGCACUGCAAGAGGUGAUGCCUGGUGCAUAUCAUCGUUUUUGUGUGCAGCAUAUUUGGAAGAAUUUCAUAAAGCAGUGGAAAGACAAGGCAAUUCGAGCCAUGGUCUGGGAAUGUUCAAGAUGCACCACUGUCCCACAGUUCCAGAAGUCAAUGGCACGGUUGAAAGGGAAGAAUGAGGCUGCAUGGAAGUACUUGGAUAACAUUCAGCCCUCAAGUUGGGUGAAAGCUUAUUUCAGCCACUGGCCGAAAUGUGAUAAUAUCACAAACAUGGCAGAGGUAUGGAAUGCCAAGAUUGUUCGGGGUAAAAUUGCUCCUGCUCAGCAAAAAAAACUGGAUCAGUUAAAGGUACUUAGCAAUUCAUGGACACCCACUUGGACUGGAAAUCUGCAGCAAGAUAUGUAUGAGGUCAGUGGGAAAGAGGAAAGAAUUGGAGUCAAUUUAACAACACAUACAUGUGCAUGCAAUGCAUGGCAGUUGACUGGACUGCCUUGUGAGCAUGCUAUAGCAGCCAUUUGUCACAAAAACGAGCCAGCCGAGAACUAUGUCCAUCAAUGGCUUACAGUGGAUGCAUUGCAUGCCACGUAUGCGCACACCUUAAACCCAGCGAAUUCGGACAAGUAUUGGCCUGCAUCUGAUGAACCCAAACCUCUUCCACCAAAACUUAAAAGGCUAAUUGGGCGUCCCAAGAAACACAGGAAGAAGGACCCAACUGAAGACCAAGGAAGCAUGACAAAGAAAGUCAAAAGGACAUAUGAAGCCAAAUGUACUAAAUGUGGUCAGACUGGACACUAUGCCAAGAGUUGUAAGGGGCCACCAGCUUCCAAAACAAAUAAAAGCCAAGCAAGACCACAAUCUGUGAGGAUUGGCACUGACUCAGUAGAUGAAAUCUCAUUAAGUCAAAGAGGCCCUUUAGAAGUUGGUAGUUCUCAGCAGCCACAUAAAGGCCACUUGAGAGGAGGCAGCCCACCUCCUUCAAAUCCAGAAGAAGCAAAUGCAGUGUUGACUGAAGAGACAAUGAAGGCAGCAAGCAGUGGCACACGAAGCAGAUUUAUGCACUUCAUGACAAUACCUGGUUUCAGGCCACCAAGGCGAUCCUCAAGAAAAUGAGCUGCUGAUGAAGAAGAAAAAGGGAGUAGUGCAUGAGCCAACUGACAAGGAGUGGAUAUAAUGAGAUUUUUUUGUAAAUUCUGGCCAUUUGUUUUUGGAGGCCUUUAGGGUGUUGGAUAUAAUGUAAUUUUUUUUUUAUGCAUGGCCAUAUUGUAUUUAUAGGCCUCACUUAUGAUUCCUAUUAGUUGGCUUUUAUUUGUAAUGCACUACUGGUUUCUAGUUCUAAGAAGACAAUUAUGUGUAACUGGUUAUGCAUGUUAUGUG